GCGGUCUCUCCCGAAAGCAACUCAGUUUGAAAACUCUCGGAGCGCGAUACCCGCGCCCUGACCCCGCAGGUCUCCGCCAGACUGGGGCUUACGGUGGGCUGACGGAGGCUCCAGGGACCCUUGGAGCAGAGUGGGGAGCGCGCCCGACCACCAUGCCGCGUUCGUUCCUGGUUAAGAGCAAAAAGGCUCACAGUUACCACCAGCCGCGCUCCCCGGGACCCGACUAUUCCCUCCGCCUGGAGAAUGUACUGGCGCCAGGCGGAGCAGACAGCACCUCGAGCACAGGCGGGGCGAAGGCGGAGCCCCGGGGUCGUUUGUCCCCCGAGUCUCAGCUGACCGAAGCCCCCGACAGAGCCUCCACGUCCCCCGGCAGCUGUGAGGGCAGCGUCUGCGAUCGGAGCUCGGAGUCUGAGGACUUCUGGAGGCCUCCGUCGCCUUCUGUGUCUCCAGCCUCGGAGAAGUCGGUGUGCCCCUCGCUGGACGAAGUUCAGCCCUUCUCCCUGCCCUUCAAGCCGUACUCGUGGAGCGGUCUGGCGGGUUCCGACCUGCGGCACCUGGUGCAGAGCUACAGGCCGUGCGCGGCCCUGGAGCGCGGCGCUGGCCUGGGCCUCUUCUGCGAGCGCGCCCCGGAGCCAGGCCACCCCGCGGCGCUCUACGGCCGGGAGCGGGCUGCUGGCGGCGCGGGGGCCGGGGCGCCCGGGGGAGGCAGCGCAGGAGGCGGAGCUGCCGGCGGCGCGGGCCUGGGGCUCUACCGCGACUUUGGGCCCGCGGCGGCAGGACUGUACGAGAGGCCGGCGACCGGCGGGCUGUACCCGGAGAGCGGCCACGGGCUGCACGGCGACAAGGGCACCGGCGUCAAGGUGGAGUCGGAGCUGCUGUGCACCCGCCUGCUGAUGGGCGGCGGCGCCUACAAGUGCAUCAAGUGCAGCAAGGUGUUCUCCACACCGCACGGGCUCGAGGUGCACGUGCGCAGGUCCCACAGCGGCACGAGACCCUUUGCGUGCGAGAUAUGCGGCAAGACCUUCGGGCACGCGGUGAGCCUGGAGCAGCACAAAGCCGUGCACUCGCAGGAACGGAGCUUUGACUGUAAGAUCUGUGGCAAGAGCUUCAAGAGGUCAUCUACACUGUCCACACACCUACUCAUCCACUCAGACACCCGGCCCUACCCCUGUCAGUACUGUGGCAAGAGGUUCCACCAGAAAUCAGACAUGAAGAAACACACCUUCAUCCACACUGGUGAGAAGCCCCACAAGUGCCAGGUGUGUGGCAAGGCAUUCAGCCAGAGCUCCAACCUCAUCACCCACAGCCGCAAGCACACAGGCUUCAAGCCCUUCGGCUGCGACCUGUGUGGAAAGGGCUUCCAGAGGAAGGUGGACCUCAGGCGGCACCGGGAGACACAGCAUGGGCUCAAGUGAGCGCCUUGGCCGGCUGCAGGCGCAGUUAGGCACGCAACACUACAGAGGGCAGCCUCCCCACUUGCCACCAGCCACUUCCGCAGAUCCCACCAGGGUGAUCCCCCUUCCCUUUUCUCCCUGGAGCCGCCAGAGGGGAUAAGUUACCUUUUCGAAUUUCAGCCUGGAGUGGGAACCAAAUGACUGCCUGGGUAUGGGACUCACCGAAUAGGCUCCUCUACAUCUGAAGACUCCACGUGGAGAGGCAAUCAGAUAAAAUCUCGGGCCUCACAGUCCUUCCUAUUCCCAGCCCUGUUCCACAGAUAGGAAGGUCCUUCAGGUUUCUUCCCUCCUCCUUCUGACCUACCCCAGAUACUUGUGUGGAGGAGGAGGAAUCAUCAUUUACAAGGUAAACAUAUUAAUGUUUUUAUCUGGAAUGAAGAAUGAGUGUUAUUUUAUUGUUUUCCUUCUGGGGAGUUUUUUGACCCCUUUUUGUUGGGUGCUGCCUAUAAAGGUUGGAGGAAUCAUUUCUUCCACUUGGAGACUGGUUCAGAAACUGAUUUGGGAAAGGGAUUUCAUACUUUUGAAAUUACAAGAUACACUGUGUAUCCUGCCCCAAGAAGGAGCAGAAGAAAAGUCGGCUUGGUGAGGAGAAGAGAUUAGACGUCCUCCCUCCAGGAGGCCUGUGAAGGCUUCUUCAGAAGAGGUGGAAGCACAGAGCAAUGCCUUUGGACAAGAUUGUCAUCCAUUCAUUCAGCAAAUGUCUAUUGACUACCAGUUACCAUGGUUUCAGGCCCUAUGCUAGGUACUGGGGAGCCAGAGAGUAAAGUCUCUGUCUGCCUCUGCCCCACAACUCCGAGUAGCUGGGUCUAUUCUCCCCCCGCCCAAAGGAAUUCUGAGAAGGUAAAACAGAAUCUUGAAACUUCCCUUCUGACUGUUUGGAUUUUAUCAAACAUAAAUGAAAAAUAGCUGAACAGAUACUUCAAAGAUUUUUGUGUAUAUUCAGUUUUUUUAUUGUUAAGCUGAUAUUUUUAAGAUGUCUAAGCUAGCAGGCAUGUGAAGGCUCUGUCUUCAACUCUUUGAACCCUCCAUGUGUACCACAGAGGAAAAAAAAAAGUGGUGUUUUUACUAUGAUGAAGUUUGUAAAUGUUUUUAGAUCUUCUGGAGUGCAUUAUGUUUGUUAAUACAUAUUUAUUAGAGUGAUGUUUUAAGUUAAUAAAGUAUUAAGACUCUUA